UGGAAAUGUAAAUAGCAAUGGCGGAAGUGUGUGGACAAAAUUAAACACUUAUUUUGACAUAUUAAAGUAUUUUAAACAGAGCUCGGGUUAUUUAGAUGUCACUGUCAACCAAUGUAAAGAUGAACAUUUUCUGUAAUUGAACGCCUUCCAAGUUAUAAUCUACUUUACAAUCUGUGACAAUGGUGAGCAUACCUGAUUGGUCAAAGUUGGCUCGUCUCACUGAUGUCAAAUUAGCAGAGCCACUUUCUGCAUCAAGGUACAACAAACAGCGUGAACUAGAAGUAGUCAAACAAGCUGAAAAACAUGGCUACUUUGUCAAGGCUUCAAAAUCGUACAUAUUGCAAAAGUUCAAAGAAGCAGAUCCUGACCAAAUCGAGAAGGAUCGUUUAUUAGGACGGAAGAGGAAUUUAGAAGAGGAAUGUCAGGACGUUGAGUUUAUAAAGCUACCUGGAACACAUUUAAGACAUUUAGGAGACAUAGCAAGAUGUGAAAAUCUGAAGAUAUGCUGUCUCAGUAACAACUACAUCUCAAGGAUUGAGUCACUUAUGGACUGUCACCAACUCAUAAAGCUUGACCUCCAUUCAAACCAGAUAAGUAUGUUGCCUCCAGCUGAAUUUUGGGCUGGGAUGCAAAGCCUCAAACUGCUUAAUCUCCAUGACAACCCCAUAGGAAAAAUGGAAAAUAUACAUCACAUUGCUGCCUGUCCAAAGCUGAUGGGCUUAACACUCUUUGAUACACCUUUAAGUCUCAGAAAAAAUUACAGGCACCACAUAGUUAACAGUAUAUGGAGCUUACGUGCCUUGGACAAACAUGUCAUCUCUGAUGAAGAGAUAAUUGAAGAUGCAGACUUUGGCGGAAGAUUUUCUGCGCAGAAUGUCAACCUCAGAAUUGACCUGUGUCCAUUUACAUGGGAUGAUGUAGGUUAUGAUGAAGAAACUACAGUUGUGAAGAAAGUUCUCCAAGAGAUCAACUCAAUCCUCUCUCACACAUCCCCAGUGUUAGUUAUACAGAGAUUUGUUCGUGGAUGGAUCACCAGGAGAACAUAUAAACUCAUACAAGAUACCAGAAUAUGGGCUGCAGUGACCAUCCAGCGAUAUUGGAGGACUUUCCAUGGAUAUCCUCACCCCCGGGACAAACUUCCACCACCCCCUUCUACCUCCCCAGUUCUAGAUACAUCAAAGAUCGAUUAUGACACAUAUAUGAAACUAAGAAGACCAAGUUCAGCAAAUGUGAGCGAAAAAGGAGGGGCUAAGGCUGAUAAAUCAGAUACGGAAAUGAGGGCUCAGUCAAGUCCAAACAAAGCACGCAAGAGCCUCCUGAUUAACCUCUCCAAGCUUCAACAGGGCACGUUACAAACUCUCCAGGAUGAAGCCAUUGCCAUUGAAACUGUCCUGCCUCAUGAGAGCUCAUAUUACAUACAACGAAGAAGCAAAACAGAAAUUCGAAAACGUAAAAGGAAAGAAAAGAAAAAGCAACGUCGAAUCAUGGACAUUAAACAUUUCUUUGGUCCAGUAGUUGAACCAUCACCUCCAUCCCCUGUUAAUACGACUCAAUUCUUGGAUGAUACUUCUGACCCAUAUACACCAUUUAGACUCCAGGGUUACAAAUCUAAUGUCAUGUAUGUAGAUCCUACUACUGAAGCAGUGAUAUCUAAGGCAGACUCGGGAAAAAACAUACGUGAAGCUGAACACCAUUACCAUAGAAGUCAUUUGGAUGAGAAGUCAAAACCGAAAACAAAACAUCGUCAGCAUAAAAAAACAGCUAGUACUGAUCAGCGUAUCUUUGCCCGUGUUCAUGGCACCAUGGGAAUGUCAUGUCUACGAGCGGUGCAGCAAGCAUAUAAAGAUCGUGAACGUGCAGAAAAAGUUGCUAUGAAACUUGAAACUGUCCUUACCUUGAAAGAGAGAAGGGAAGAUGCCAAAGAACGAAUUAGGAUCUAUCAUGAGGAAAAACGUGCAGAUAUUCUGAAAAAGAGACAAAAGGAACACUCAAGACUCGUUGAAAACAUGGAAAGGAGAGAAAUCAAGCGAAUCAAUGAAAUUGAAAAAAGCCUUGAACUUCGAAAUAAAACAUCAGAUUUCCUCAAGUCUAGUAACAUGGAGAAGACAUUUAUAAGUGACUUCACACGUCAGAAUACAUCUGUAUCAAAUGCCUUACUGAGGCAUGACAGACAAUCAAAGAAAGAUGAUCAUUCACAAAAUAAAGAGCAAAUUGUUCAAGGCCUCAAAGAGGAGGAAAAAGAGGAAGCAGAUCUUGUGAAAAAAUAUCUUGAACAUCGUCAAUUGAUGCGACAAACGGAAACAGCUGCAUUGAAAGCAACAUUAGACUCACAGCUUCUUCAAGAUGCUAACGAUCGUCUCAUGGAGGCAAGAACGCGAGUGGCAAGAUUGAAAAAGAGAACCGAAACUGUGAAUACUUUCUAUCCGAUGCCUUCUGGUCCUGAUACCCAGCUCAGUCUCCCACCCCUAGAUACUGCGAAACAACCUGAGAAACUUGAUCGCUGGAAUACAAUGAUAUCUAUGCAGUCUGGUAGAGUUGGAAAACAUCCAACAACUAUUGUCAAUUAGGACACAGUACAACUCAACACAAAGUUGGAUAGCUUAAUUCAAACUAUCUUUGAUUUGAUUCGUACUGUGUAUCCCACAACAUGAAUGAGGUCUUUUAUUGUGACAAUCAUUAUGUAAUGUUCUCUUAAGGCCAAUCAUGAUUCAGUUUUGACUAAAGAAAUUGUAAUUUCUCUUGAGGAUUUACAAUGGAAAUUUUCAGAUUUCAUGACAAUAGUGUUAACAAGGGGAUCAUGAUCUAACAUUUUCAAAUUGUGAAGUUACUUUAUCAAGCAAGGGCUAUGUGACUGAAUUGUCUGUCACAUGCUUAAUAAACUGUGAUAGUUCUAUGAAAAUAUUGUUUAUACUUAGAAAGUUACUUCUAAAUAUUUUGUUCGCUCUUACAUCAUGUACGUGGCAAUUAAUGAGGAGGGGGUGGUCCCGGAUGGAUCUACACUCCUAAAAUGCAAUCUGAUUUUCGACGCUGUUUCGGUGCCAAAUUUCGGUGCCGUUUCGUCACCAAAUGGACUGACUAGUCCGGUAGCAAAUGUUGGUGUCAAAAGGUUUCGGUGCCGGAAUGGUGCCGAAACGGUGCCG